CAAGAUGAUUAGUUAGGCAAGUUCAUUUGACACCAUUCCCCCUUCGUGACGCUGAAAUCCAAAAUCUGUAUAUGGUAUACAACUUAAAGUAUAUAUAUGCAGCUCAGCUCUGCUGGAGACACACAGCAAGUUUGUUCCUCCCACCUGAUUGCUCCCUUACUCAGCUGAGAAGACCACAAAGUUCAACAAUGGCCAUCACUGACAUCCUUUCUGCUAAAGAUAUUGAAUCUGCUCUCUCCAGCUGCCAGGCUGAUGGUAGCUUCAACUGCAAGUCUUUCUUCUCCAUGAUUGGUUUAUCCAGCAAAACUCCUGAUCAGAUAAAGAAAAUUUUUAGAAUCCUUGAUCAGGACAGCAAUGGUUUCAUCGAAGAAGAAGAGCUUCAACUGUUUCUGAAGAAUUUCUCUUCGAGUGCCAGAGCCCUCACCCCUGCAGAGAUCAAGGACUUUAUGGCUGCAGGUGACUCUGAUGGCGAUGGCAAAAUUGGAGUAGAAGAAUUCCAAUCUAUGGUGAAGGCAUAAGCAGCAUCAGGCCAAAAGCAUCCUUGGACUGACUUUUCCAAUUACCUCGUCCAACAAGCACUCCGCACUCAGCAUGUGUUUGUACAUUUUUAUAUUGUUUCAGGCAUUAACAACCCCUCGAGUUCACACACCAGAUUGCUGAGAAAUCUUGCAAUGUACAGCUGUUUGGGUCAUGUGGUAUUGUUACAUUUCCAUUGUAAAGAAAGCACUUUGUGAUUGUCAACCACUCAUAAUGUUGAAAUCAUGGCUAGAAAAGGGGAGAUAAAAAAUAAAACAAAACAAAAAACUUGGGGGAGGGGAAAGCUGCUUUUAAGAUUGUGUUCAGGUUUCCAUCCUCAUACUUGAGUAUGCUGACUCACCAGACACAGUUCUGAUGAUCUUAAACAAUAUGACAUCUUUUAA